GCAGGGCUUACACCCUGGCCUUCUUUCCCGGGAAAUCAACGCAAUUUCAAAUUUCAUUUCACAACCCAACCCGUUACAUAUCCAUCAGACUCUCAGUCCGUUUUGUCGGGUUUCGAUCGUAUAUGGUGGAAGUAUCGAAAUUCAGGUCCUUCUCCUUUGGGGAUUAUCAGUGUGGGAAGGACCUGAAUUUCGCCACUUUCACCGUAUACGAUCCGAAACCCGACAAAACGGACCGAGAGCCAGAUGAAUCCCCUAGUACAGACAACGAUGCUUGCACAUAGCAGAACCUCCUCAAAUUCCAAGCGCAUAAACCAACAGACGAGAUUCAGAGAUCACUUGAACAAUCGACCUUGUCACUAAAUGAUGACUUGGUUAUCAGCGUGCUUCAACGCCAUCGUUCUGAUUGGAAACCAGCUUUUGUUUUCUUCAAUUGGGUUUCUGGAGGAAGAAAUGGAAGUGAGUAUUUUCCUGGGUCCGAUGCCUACAAUGAAAUCCUUGACAUUCUUGGCAGAAUGAAUAGGUUUCAAGAAUUAACCCAAGUGUUCGACGAAAUGCGCAAGAGAAAUAUUGUCAAUGAGAGGACGUAUGCAAUUGUGUUGAAUAGAUAUGCAGCGGCUCAUAAAGUGGAAGAAGCGAUAGAAUUCUUCAAUAAGAGGAAAGAGCUUGUUCUCGAGCCCAAUUUGGUUGCCUUCCGGACCCUGUUGAUGUGUCUAUGCCAGUAUAAACACAUUGAGGCAGUCGAGUUUUUGUUCCAUUCUAGGCAAAAUGAGUUUCCCAUCGAGAUCAAGACAAUGAACAUUAUUCUCAAUGGAUGGUGUGCGUUGGGCAGUUUGAGCAAAGCGAACCGAUUAUGGAAGGAUAUUGUUUCGUCUGGAAAAUGCAAGCCAGAUCGUUUCACAUAUGGGACUUUCAUAAAUUCAUUGACAAAGGCAGGGAAAGCGACCACUGCUCUCAAGCUGUUUCGGGCCAUUUGGGAAAUGGGUUGCGACCCUGAUGUCACAAUUUGUAAUUGCGUCAUCGAUGGGUUAUGUUUCAAGAAAAUGAUUCCUGAAGCACUUGCGAUUUUUCAGGAAAUGAAUGAACGAGGUUGCCUUCCGAAUGUUGCUACUUACAAUACACUGAUCAAGCACCUUUGCAAGAUUAGGCAGAUGGAAAAGGUUUACGAGUUUUUGGAUGAGAUGGAACAGAAUGGGGGCAGUUGUUUGCCUAAUGCUAGGACUUAUGGGUUUUUGCUGAAAUCUGCGAAGAAGGUUGAGGAAGUUUCUGUGAUUUUACUGAGGAUGGAGAGAAUCGGAAGCAAGUUAACCGACGACACCUACAAUUUGCUCUUGAGGUUGUCUAUGGAUUGGGAUCAUCAAGAGAGAGUGAAGUCUCUUUGGGGUGAAAUGGAGAGGGAUGGAUUGGGACGUAACCGACGGUCUUACACAGUUAUGAUUCAUGGGCAUUGUGAUAAGGGAAGGAUAGAGGAAACAAUGUAUUAUUUCAAUGAGAUGACAUCCAAAGGAAUGGUGCCUGAGCCAAGAACCAAGAUAUUGGUGGAUGCGAUGAACAUCAAGCUGAAGGAGAGAUUAGGUGAACCGAGGGACACCGGAGUGAUGAAAAGGGACAUGAAGAAAUGAUGUGAUUUCAAGUACAUUCUCGUUUUCAUAUGAGUUUUUACCAUGCAUCAAAAGGCAAAAGUAUAGAAAUUAUAUCAUCCACGUAUAACACGUUUAUGCUUCCAUCAUCAAUUAUGGUAACAUUUUUUUAUUUUGGUUUGUGGAGUGCUACGAUAGACAUAUCAAUGAGGUGAUAAACCGAGGCUUCAUCAA